UAAAGAAAUCCUGUACUUCCUAGUGCCUGCCCCUCACCCUGUUCUCUUCUUGACUCUGCUUUUUACCCUUCACAUUCACAAGGCCUAUUGCUCAAGACCUGAAAAUUCAACACACAAUUUUCAGGCUCACCCCUGGGUAUUUUUCAUUCUUAAAAAGAGGCUGAAGCAGACUCAGCACCGAGCAGUUGGGUCUCAUGGAACUUAUCAGCCUGUCGGAUUGAGGGGAAAGGACAAGAUAAAGACUGGAGUUCAAAAUACAGACAAACACUAAAGAGCCAACGAAAGGACUGCGCUUCCCAACAAAGUAAAUAUACCAGGGACCGGAGCUGCAUACAGAAACCAGGUGGACUUUUCCUGGGAUUUGUACAAUGAUAAGGACUUGCCUUUUCUUGGUCACCUUCUACCAUGUGGUGGUCAGCGAUCUUGUCCAACUACAGAAAAUGUACGGGAGGAUUGCAUCUCCUGACUUUCCAAAUGUAUACCCCAACAGCAAGGAGAGGACAUGGAAUAUCACAGUGCCCGAUGGCUAUAUCAUCCGAAUCUACUUCACCCACUUCAAUCUUGAGUUGUCUUACCAGUGUGAAUAUGACUACGUGAAGAUGCGAUCUGGAGGGAAGGUCUUGGCUACGCUGUGUGGUCAUGAGAGCACUGAUACCGAAGAAGCUCCAGGGGACAAGACGUACCACUCGGUCGACAACAACCUUGCAGUGACCUUCCGGUCAGACUACUCAAAUGAGAACGAGUUCACUGGCUUUGAGGCUUUCUAUGCUGCUGAAGAUAUGGACGAGUGUCAACAGCUGAUCAACAGUGAGCCCAUUUGUGACCAUCAUUGCCACAAUUACCUGGGUGGUUUUUAUUGCAGCUGUCGAAUCGGUUAUCUGCUCCACAAAAACAGGAGGACCUGCACAGCAUGAAAUAAAUAUAAUCGCUUCUUCGCAGCUUAGACAGAGACGGAGAUAGAAGCGCCAACAUUCCCCGCUGAGCUGCCCAUAGCCUCUUUGCUGCAGUCAUACAGAGGGCUAUGGUUGACCAGCAGCUAGCAUGACUCUUUCCCCUGCCUUCUAGUUUGCUUCCUGCAGUUAAUAAAAUGGAUUUUUGUUUUGUUCCUUCCCCAAGCUUUAUGGAACCAGCAAUAUUUUUACUUUGCAGCCCCGAGAGGAAAGUGAAUUACCGAUAAGGAGCAUAGGCUGGAUAAGGAAGCUGUUUUCCGAGACUUGGGAAGGGAGAAGACGAUACAUAGUGAUAGAACUGAUACGAAUGGCGCCAUAUCUUAGGCCAACAGGCUUCAGAAUUAGGAUAGGAUUGGAACAAGGUUGCCCGCAUACUGUUUUGUUCUGUGCUCCUAAGGCACAAACUGAUGGAAUUCAAGGUUUGCCACCAUUUCCAACAUGUUAGCUCUUAAGGGCGUAUGCAACUGUAACAGCAUGGGCCAUGUAUGUUAGAACAUCAGUCAAGAUUGAGACAUGCCAACGCACAAACAAAUAUAUACUUGGCAGCUCUCUAGAAACGGAGACAAACCUGCUCAAAAAUGUAAAGAAUUGCCCAGAAAGUGCUUGCUCUGAUAUAGUUUGAAACCUUCAGGGUGGUGCCAAGUGAGGAAGGCAGACAUCAAUGCAGAGAAGUGACAUACAAAAAAUGGGUUCUGAACAUUUCCACCUCCCAAAAGUGCCUCCACUCAAUUGCUUUUCUUACUGCAGUGUAUAUGUCCAGCAUCCAAGCCCAUCCAGAAGUUGGGAAGCAGGGAUUUUUGAGAAAACAGCACAGGCAUGGAAAGGGUUAAUCACUGCUCCACAUGUCCUUCCUCCCAUAGAAAUGCAGUCACUCUGCCUUAUAUAUCUGCUCAGUGGUAACUCAUGUUCUAACAUAAGCUUCCUACCUUUAUAUUUAUUCAGGCCCUCUAAAGGCCAACUUUAGCCUUCUGAGGGUCUAAAUUAGAGAAGAUACUGGGACAUCUAUGAACACCUUUUAAAAAUGGAAAUGGCAAGUCAGGCAGGACUAAGGGUGGGAAUUGGUUUCGCUCAUCCCCUCACACACAGUUCUGACAACUGGAACGACCACCCUCUGCUCAAGCAUCCCUACUUGGAUGAGGUUGGGUGCCUUUCUUUGUUCCUAGGCUGAGGGAGGGGGGUGGGGGGAAUCACUUGAUGAAAUGGCGUGGGAUUGGAAGAGGCAGUCCCGCUCUCCCACGAGCGUGGCUCGGAUCAGGCUCCCUGCAGACACUACUUUUAUUUAAAAACUGCUGGGAAGGUCUGACUCAUGAAAGCUUGAGGCUGGAAUGAAUUUUGUGAGUCUUUUAAUGUGCCCUGGACUCCUGUUUUAUUUUGCUGCUGCAGUGCAGACAGAUGACAUGGGAAGGUCCAUGGAUGGAUCUCUCGACAUGUCAUCUAGUUAGCCCUGGCUUCAUAAGUACAUUUUCAUAGUUUGAUGCAAGGGACAAACCAAGCCUCUAUUAGGGGUGUUUGUCAAUUUCCCUAAUAUUCUCCCCACCCCCACCCCCAGAUAUAUAGCAGCUAUCAAUAUGUUCCGUACACGGCCUGAAAGUGUAACGGAUCUACCUUUUAUAUGCAAAAAGCACAACAGACUUUGCUGAUCUUUGCACACAGAUUUUUCCAGUUUAGCAAAUCCUUGAAUAAUGUUCUAAGUCCUGUUCUCACAGAGGACCAAUUUAAGUGCAUGGAGAACUACUUCCCCAUGGCCACUCACCUGUCUGGUAACAUUUGAUUCCAAGAAUUAGGUGGGAUCAAUUGCAUCAAUACUCUACUAAAAUGGAGAGCUACCUCUGAAUGGAAUCACAUUGCUAGUGAGAUUAACUGGGUCUAAAAUGCCAUUUUAGACUGCAGCUGUGUAAAUGCUUCCCCCUAAUAAGAGGCGGGGGGGGACCCUUCCCGUACAGAGGAAGCUACGAUGUCCAGGCAAAGGGAUUUAGGCUAAGUUUUUUGCGUGUGUCUUUGCAGUGAGGUUUUUCUGCAAGCAUGGAAGGUUUUAAAAAAAAAAACAGGGAAACCAUUUACAUGCAAUUGCCCUCGACCUGCACCCUGAAAUGGCAAAGCCAAGGAAGGUCCCUAUUUAUUUCAGUUGCUCAGUAGCACAAUUUACAGUUCGUUCUUACUUUCCGACCUAAUGAUCCAGCCAUCACAAGUUGAGAGGGGCUCGUUUCUCCAAGUUCAGGUCUCUAGUGAGCAGUGCACUGUGCCUCUCAUAAAAAUAGAGACCGAGGUGUAAUUGAGCUCUCUCCUGGUGCCCCUAAAGCCCAGCAGGAGUUUAUGGCCAAGGGCUGCAUGAAAAAUCACCCCUUUCUGCUUGUGCAAGCCAUCUUUUGGACAUUUUUUUUAUAGAUUUCUGUUGCUCACAGAUCUGUGAAAUAAAAAUACAGACCUUAAUAAAAGCAGCUCCCUGUGGCCACAUAUAAAGAGAUAUUAAAAGGCAAAGAAGAACCUGUUCUAAAAUGUUCCACUGUCCUGAUCGCAACUGGAACAUUUGUUCUCAAUAGCCACAGUGCUAUUUCCCCCCUUUCCCCAAUUAACCCCAGCUAGCACAUCAAUUGUGAAAAGGAUUGUUGUGUAAAACAAGUCAUACUUGAGUAUCACGAACACCUCACAGAAAUCAUCUAAGAAAGCCUUGAGCAGGGAGGAGGGGAAUGGCCUGAGCCAAUUUGUGAACUUUUAAAGUUACGCAUGCAUUGAAAGGUUUAGAAAUUUCCUCCACUGUCACUCUCAGAGCACUCCUAUCAAUGUUUAAAAUGGUCAGGGGUGGGGAGCUGCCCUCUUUCCUCCUUCAGCAAGGAACCUAUCUCCUGACCCUCACCCCCUUCUCUGCUUUAGCGUGGCAUUAAGCCGAUCACUGCAUUAAACUCUGUUGUAAGCAUC